UCAGAAGCAGUUUGCAAUGGAAAUGGAGCGAAUUCAUAAUCUCGCUUUGGACUACUUGCAGUAUUUCUAAUUAGGAAGUAUGAGUGUUAACAUGUGUGGCAAGAAGGCUAAUGUAGUUGGAUCUGAUGGUUUUCAUAGGAUGAAUUUCUUGUAUCAGGCAUCUGUUGUGAUGUUAAAUGCUCUCCCGACUUGUCCAUCAUUAAGUUCCUUUUAUGGUACUAAUAUUGUUAGUAUUGGGAAAAAACUUCAACUAAAACUGGAUCCAUCUUUGAAGCGAACUAUGUGCAAAGGAUGUAAGGUCCUUCUGAUACCAGGCAAGACAGCAGAAGUUAGCAUUCAGAAACCAAUGACUUCAAAGAAAAAAAAAAGACAGAAAAAGUACAAUAAAAUCCAAGUCUGGAAAUGUCUGCUCUGUCAAUGUGUGAAAAACUACAUUUUAAAAUCUGAUUAUGUAUUGUGGUCAGAGCAUCCAGUGCCCUCCACGUAACAAAA